GUGGAUUGCCAAAAAGACGGUGGGGACUGCUGAUGAAGUGAUAGACGCCAACCCAAUCUAUACAUACAUUAUACAUACAUAAAAUUCCAACAAAUAUAUAAAAAUUCCUUUGAUUACGAGCUCCACACCCUCAACCUAAAGGCAUUCUCUUUCAGCCUCCUCUCUGGAUGUCGACUCCAUCUAGGAAGAGACUUAUGAGGGAUUUCAAGAGGUUGCAACAGGACCCUCCUGCAGGUAUCAGCGGUGCCCCUCAAGACAACAAUAUUAUGCUUUGGAAUGCUGUUAUAUUUGGUCCUGAUGAUACACCUUGGGAUGGAGGUACGUUCAAGUUAACACUUCAAUUCACUGAAGACUACCCAAACAAGCCUCCAACAGUGCGAUUUGUUUCACGCAUGUUUCAUCCCAAUAUUUAUGCAGAUGGAAGUAUAUGUUUGGAUAUCCUACAAAAUCAGUGGAGUCCAAUAUAUGAUGUUGCGGCUAUUCUUACUUCUGUCCAGUCUUUGUUAUGUGAUCCAAACCCUAAUUCCCCUGCAAAUUCUGAAGCUGCUCGGAUGUUCAGUGAGAACAAGCGAGAUUAUAAUCGCAAGGUAAGGGAAAUUGUGGAGCAGAGCUGGACAGCUGAUUGACCCAUGCAUAGAAACAGUCGACGAAUCAAAGCAAGACUUUGGAAACCUACUUUUAAGUAAAAUGUACCAAUUGAGCAAACUUUUUCAAUUGUGACACAAUUCAAGUCCUGUUAUAGCUUCUAGUACUAUGAUGUUGAGUUGUGUCUUGUAAUGUAAUUGGAAUGAUAUGCAUUGAUUUUCCUUGGAAUUGUAAUGCACUUGGCUCUUGGAAUUUAUAUUACCAUUUCUCUAUCUUUUGUGACUCA